UACAUUUAUACAUAGAAUUGGUGGGCAGAGACAGAGACAGAGACAGACACAGAGAAACAUGGACGGAAAUGAUGAUGAUGAUAAACAGGUCCAGUGGUCUACACUUCCGAAAGAUGUGAUACCCAUUCUCAGCAACCGCCUCGAAACUCGCAUCGACCUCCUCCGCUUCCGCUCCGUCUGUCGCUCAUGGCGCUCCUCCUCCGCCGCCUCUCUCUCUUCACCUCCUCUCUCUCUCCCCAACCUCCCUUUCCCCUUCUCUCCCCUCGCCGCCGACCCCCGCCGUGGCACCUUCACCGCCGCCGCAACCACCGUCUUCCUCCUCCAACCGUUCGACGAAAUUCCCCACAGAACUACUUCCCACUAUCUAAUCAAGGUCGAAGAAGAUGCCAAAACCCGUCUCGUCUGUCCAGUCUCGGACCUGGUCCAAACCCGUUUUCCCGCUGGGUUUCCGAAAGAAGUCAAUUUAUUGGAGUUUCGCAUAUCUCAAGUUCACAAUUCCUACACAUUUCGAAACCUCGAGCUAUUGAAUUGUAAGCCAAUCGAAGCUGGGCUUCCAUUUGUGAAGAAAAUUCUUGUUCUGGGUUCGAACCCAGAUAGUAGAAUCGUUGUUGUGGUGUAUGAGAUGUGGGAUUUGGAUGGAAGAUUGGCUAUGUUGAGAGUUGGAGACGAUUCAUGGACUCCAAUUCAUACCCAACACUUUGUUUGUGAUGAUGUUAUAGUCUAUAAAGGGAAUUUCUACACUGUUGAUCGAUCAGGCAGAGCUUUCGUGCUCGGCCCGAAUAUGAAUUUGAUUGAAAUUGCGCCACCGCCAACAAAUGAAAAUGGGAAGAAGAAGAAGAAGCAUUUGGUUGAGUCCAUUGGUGAUCUGCUUUUGGUUGAUAAGUAUUUUGAAUUACACGAAAGGAAUGUUUUUUACUACAAAGAUGGGAAAGAGAGGGUUAAGAGUAGUAAUCGUGAAAUGGUGUCUGAAAUGAGAGUUUAUAGGUUGAAUGUAGAUGAACAUAGAUGGGUUGAGGUGAGAAGCCUCGAAGAUCAGAUUUUGUUUGUGGGUGAUGAUUGUUCCUACUCUGUUUCGGCUAGGGAGUUUCCUGGAUGUAGAGGGAACAGGGUUGUUUAUGAGGAUCAUGCUGUGGCUUCUCAAAUUGAGGAAGAAGAUGAGUUGUUUGAUGGAUUGUGGGUUUAUCAAAUUGGUGUGUUUAACUUGGGAAAUGGGCGUGUUCGGUCGCUAGCAACUUGUCCUCGGCUUGCAAGGAUCUUCUGGCCACCUCCAUCUUCAUCUGGGUGCUCAAUUGCAGAAAACACAGAUCUGAAAGCCAAAUCUGUGAAAGAAACCAGCAUUGGCAAUCCAACCAGCUCACCCUUUGGCGGCACAUUGUUCCCAAUGUCAAACACAGGAAGAAGCAGCACUUUUGGAUCGAGUGCUUCCAAAGUGGUCAGCUCAAUCACCAGUUUUGGUGCAAGUUCUUCGGCUACCUCUUCUAGUAUAUUUGGUUCUACUUGGCAGCCGGCCAAAUCUUCAAUCUCAACUUGCUCGUCCGUGUCGCUGUCAAGUGGGCCCUUACAAUCCUUCAUUGCAGCUACCAACAGUGUACCUACAGUCUUUGGAUCAUUUACUGCUACCUCAUCCACUUCAACUCGUGCUACCUCUUCUUCCCAAGCUCAGCCUGUUUUUAGUGCCUCCAUUCCCGUCUUCACGGCUGCCUCGGGUAAUAACGAUCAGGUCAAAACUGCCUCGGGUAAUAACAAUCGGGUCAAAACAAAGGACUGCAUAGGCAAAGACGACCCGGUCCAGGCAUCCACUGGCUUCACGUUUGGUACAGCCGCUCCAUUGGUGAAAAACCCCUUUCAAUUUGAUAUCCAACAGAAUCAAAGCAUUCCACAAAACCCUUCUCAAUUUGGUGCAUUUUCCGGUAGUGUAGAAUUUAGUAUUGGCGGCGAGUUCUCAUUGUGUUCUGGCAGGGACAAGUCUAAUCGUAAAAUUGUCAGAGUUAAACACAAAAAUAGGAGGAGGAGGUAUAUCAUUGAACAAAAUCUUUAGAGCUUGAAAUUAGUGUCUGUUUUCUGUUUCGGUCAGUUUAUUUGAGUCUCUUGGUGCUGACAAAUGUCUAUAGGCACGUUUGGGCUUUGAAGUCUGAUGAUUAUGUUUUGUU